GAUGCUGACGGAGGCGUCGCGAUCAAAGGAAACAUCUUUUUCUUGAAGCCGAACAUAUCCGCUGACUCGGGGACUCGGGUGGGAGCUGGCUACGAGUGCGGUGACUUCCUCCUCGACGACGGGGAGGAGGCCAUCCUCGUGUCCGGCGACGACAACCUCUCCUUCACUUGCACCACCAACAUUCAGAGUCCCGCUGGCACGACGCUGAGCCUGGAAUGCCCGCACUUCGACCUCACGAGGAAGGGUUGCCCUCUGGAAAAGCUGGUCAUCACGGACCCCGUCGGAGGUCAGAGCGUGACCGGGUGCCAGCGCGACGCCCCUCCUUCUCCACGGUGUCCAAUGCCCUGCAGAUGGUCCACACGCGAGGCAACCUCGGGCGAAGGUGCACCGGCGGGUUCAUGUGCACCGUCCGCGCCGGCAGCAGGCCUGAGGUAUUAGCGCAGUGCAAGAAGCAGACAGUUCAGUACAACGAAGACGCUAUUGUCUACUCGGCCAACGACGGAUCAAAAACGAAAUGCAAACAUCAGAUCGAGGGACCUGCAGGAUCUACGUUGGUAAUGAGCUGCCCUAUCUUCAGCUUACGCCCAGGAUGCAAUAAAGAAAAAAUAGUUUUCCCCAAAGGCAGGUUUGGCCUCGAUGACUCCAAGACGACUUACUGUGAAAAAGAAGGUGUUUCAGCCACGUCCAAGACCAACAAACUCGUAUUCAGACACAUCAGGAAACCUCUGCGGAAGAAAUGCUCCGGCGGAUUCCUGUGCCUCGUGACGCCUCUGCAGGAAUUCUCCGGAGGAGACCGACCUUUUUGUAGUGGUUGCGGCAUCAGCCAGGUUACUGUGCCAAGAAUUGUGGGUGGAGAGGAAGCAACACCAGGAGAAUACCCAUGGCAGGCUCUUUUGGACUUUGGCAAUGGCGUUAUUUGUGGUGGUUCUCUCAUCAAGAACGCUUGGGUCCUCACAGCUGCUCAUUGUUUUGCAAAAACAGGGGCUACUAGUGUUAGAGUGGUUCUUGGUGAGCAUGACAGAUCCACUACCAUUGAUGGUGUCACACAGCAGUUUGUGUCUUCAAAUUUUAUUGUUCAUCCUAAUUAUGAUGACAUAACACAAGAUAACGAUAUAGCACUUGUGUUCCUCGGGCAAAAUGCAGUCUUCAAUGAGCGAGUCCGCCCAAUCUGUAUAGCUCAGGACACUGACUAUGUGACUGGGGCUAGCACUAUUGUGACCGGCUGGGGUGUUGAAGCAUUUUCAACCACUACAGCAAAGGACAGGUUACAAGAAGUAACUCUUGACCUGAUCUCAACAUCUUCAUGUGCAGAUUUGUAUCCUGACUACACAAUCACUAACAACAUGGUCUGUACACUAACAGCCAACAAAGAUGCUUGCCAGGGUGACAGUGGAGGUCCUUUAAUAACACAGACACAGGAUGGAAGUUGGAUACAACUUGGAGUUGUAAGCUUUGGAGACGAGUGUGCCAAGGCUAACUCUCCAGGGGUCUUCACCAAAGUGGCCAACUACCAUGACUGGAUUACAGAACAAACAGGGUCCAAUCAGUGUUAAGUGAGAAUUUGGGCAUUUCAAAAUGUUAUCUUUAUUUUAUCAUAUUUAUUUAAUUACUUUCUCAGAUAGGAUUAAUUUUGUAUUCAACAUUACAAAUUAAUAAUAUAUAGAUCUUCUAAAAUAACUUCCCUACAUCUUUAAUUUUGGUGUACUUAGUUACAGUAUUAUGUCUCUCUGAACUUCUCAACUGAAAUACCUGCCAUUAUUUGAUCUCUCCAUUUGCUUUAUUUAAAUUAAAAUGCUAAACUACAUGAUCACAUAUAUACUGUAAUAUUUAAUAAAAACAAAUAUAC